GUGACAGGGAGGGAGUGACCGACACACACUGCACACUGCCAACGGACACAUACAGUACAUUACACAGGAGAAGACUGACAGAGACAGCCUUCACCUUCAAUAUGUCAAAAGUUUUCAAGAAGACCAGCGGCAAUGGGCAUAUUGCCUUGUACUUGGGGAAAAGAGACUUUGUGGACAAUGUGGAUUCAGUGGAAGUGGUUGAUGGAGUUGUUAAAGUCGACCCUUCUGGACUUGAUGGCAGAAAAGUAUUCAUAUACCUUGCUUGUGCCUUCCGUUAUGGAAGUGAGGAUUUGGACGUGAUUGGGCUGUCCUGCAGGAAAGAUAUCUGGAUAAAUCGUGUUCAGAUCUAUCCGCCCACAGACGGCAAUGCAACACAAUCACCAAUGCAGGAAUCCCUCAUGAAGAAGGUCGGCGAGCAAGGGUGUCCCUUUGCCUUCCAGAUGCCAACAAACCUCCCCUGCUCCGUUUCCUUACAGCCUGGACCGAAUGAUGCUGGCAAGGCUUGCGGGGUGGACUUUGAGGUUAAAGCGUACAUUGCCAAUGAAGCAAACAGUGCUACCGAAACCAUUGAAAAGAAGGACACUUGUCGCCUGAUGAUUCGAAAAAUCCAGUUUGCACCAACCAAAAACAACGACGGACCGAAGGCGGAAAUCACCAAGCAGUUCAUGAUGUCAGACAAACCCGUUCACAUGGAAGCCUCACUUGACAAAGAGGUCUAUUACCACGGUGAUCCUAUCACUGUCAACGUAAAGGUCAACAAUGAAACCACUAAAGUUGUGAAGAAAAUCAAAAUCAUAGUUGAGCAGCUGACAAAUGUGAUGCUAUAUUCGUCUGACACUUACACAAAGCCUGUAUGCACAGAGGAGUUUGGAGAGACAAUUAACGCCAACUCCACAUUCCAAAAGUCUUUCCAAGUGACCCCGCUGCUGGCCAACAACAAAGAGAAGCGAGGACUGUCAGUGGACGGGCAGCUAAAAGACGAGGACACAAACCUGGCGUCCACUACCUUGAGUCAGGAUAAUAAGGAGAUACAAGGAAUUGUCGUGUCCUACAAAAUUAAAGUCAACUUAAUGGUGUCUGGUGGAGGCCUGCUGGGGGGGCUGACAUCGAGUGACGUCACAGUGGAACUCCCUUUGACGCUGAUGUCCCCAAAGCCAGCCGAAGUGUAAGUCAAUCCCAAAACACAAACUAAUCCACUUGGUAUUGUGUGUUGCUGCAGCGAUGAGUUGUUUGAUACAUUUUCUCUUUUGUGUGUUUUUGUAUUUUAUGAACCACAGCCAAUUGGACUAAAGCCCUCUUUAGUUCAGAACAAACAUCGCCAUUGAGCCCGUGGACGAAUGAGAGACGUCGCCUAACGCAGACAAUAGAACAACAAAGGAACUCAACGACAGUGAAGAAAAAUCUCACUGUGCCCUUAUACACACACAUAUGUAAUCCUAGAGGUAACUCUGUGAGAGCAUUGCACAUUCUGAACUCUAUGUGAUGUUCAAUAGCGUUUGGAUAGAAAUAAACAGAAAUUGUUACUUUGACUCUGGAAUUGUCUCCUAGUAUAAAAUGUGAACUUUUCUUUCAAAUUGUUGUGACUUCCAAAUGUGCUCUUUAGCACUACAACAUAUAGAGACAAAUGUGAUGAGUGAAUGUUCAUACUGUGGAAAUUAUUUUCUUUGUUUAGAAACAAUAGUAGGGAAUAAAACAUUUUUUACAAAUCA